GGUUUCUGGUAAAGGGAGGCAGAAAAAUAAAUGAUUAACGUCGCUAAUAAAUAAAGCGAUCUGAAGGUUUUACGCCGUGGUCUGAGGUGAAGAACUACAGAGAAGAUGAGGAUUAUUAUUAUCCUGGCUUUAUCUAUUUGGUCAUGUCAGGCGGCGAAGGAAGAAUGUCAGCAUCCGGGACUCGAGAAAGGCUUUGUCGUUCCCCACCGAGAUAUUUACGAUCACGGCGAUACUGUUUCAUACGGCUGUGAUUCGGGCCUGAAACCUGCCCUGGAAACAUGGUGGGGACAGAUAACAUGCAUUGAUGGCACUUGGUCACACACCCCUAAAUGUAUCGAGAAAACUUGGUGUAUUCCUCCUCACGUGCCAAACGCCCAGCCUACCCAGGAGUUAAAGGAAUCCUACCCUCCUGGUUCCACUCUGCGGUUUCAGUGCAACGUCGCCUACGAGUUCAAAGGAAUAAGUGACGUCACAGAGUGCAAAGAUGGAAAAUGGAAUUUGCCGGAGUGCAAAAGAAAGCGUUACUCUUGUGAUCCCCCUCCUCGUGUUGACUACGGGAUGAUUAAACAACCUUACCAGGAUGCUUUCGAACACGGGCAGCGGCUCGAGUAUGUUUGUGCAAAAGGAUACGAGCCAAGCGGCGAUAAAUAUAGUACCUGCUCCAACGGCAAAUGGACCAAUACGAUUAAAUGCGAAAAAAUAACGUGUCCUAAACCACCACAAGUGCAACAUACAGAAGCUGAGGAGUUAAAAAACUCCUAUGACAUUGGAGAGACGAUUCGGUUUAGGUGCCGCCCCAGCUACGAGUUCGACGGCAGUGAUAUUGCAGAGUGUGUAGACGGAUCCUGGAGGCUGCCAGUGUGUCGACCUCGACGUGUAUCGUGGUGUAACCAACCACGUGUCCAAAACGGCCAUCAUGCAGGCCGUUUAGUAUCGAGCUAUGCUACAGGAAGCUCGGUAAAGUUUGUAUGUGACGACGGCUAUGAGUUUGAAGGAACACAUUAUGCACGGUGUGAUAAGGGACAAUGGACGCUGCCUGUGUGUAAACAAGCAGUGACCGGCGGCCAUGCUGUUUCUGACAAAAAAGAUCCGUCUUUAUCCGGCCUUGAUUGUGGAAUUCGACCCCUUAUUGAAAAUGGAGACGUCAUAGAGCUACAAGGUGGAAAUACAUUACUUGUUCAGUGUAAGGUCUUAUAUAAAAGAGUGGGACCUGAACAGAUAACAUGUGAUUCUGGAGUGUGGACGCAGCUCCCAGUGUGUAAACCGCCAUGUAAACUGGACAGGACGCGCUUUAAUUCUCAAUAUCAUCCUGACGUAUAUCUGCAGGAGGGUGAAACGAAGACUUUUUACUGUCCUAUAGGAUACUACAGUUAUUCUAUAACCAUCCGGUGCACUAAUGGAGAAGCCGUCUAUGGUCAUUGUCACUAGAGCUGGGUAAGUUCAUAAACACCUAUUUUCAUUAUGGCUAAAAUCUAAAUGCAGUUAAUACAGAAUAGUAAGUGUAUCAGUAGAGCAGGACUGUCUGUGCUGUCAGUGUUAAUACUGAUGCUCACUCAGAUAUAUUGUGUUUCGACAGCGAUCUGUAUCGACGGCUCGAUCGGACAAACCGACACCCGCAAGCUCCUGCUGAUGAUCAGAAAUAUUCCUUCUGACAAUUAAAGCUUGCUUUUUAACCAAAAUAAAAGCAUAUCACUCGUU